GGUAGUUAUAACCAUGUGGUGCUUAAGCAUUUGUAAACAUUAAAGUUAUCGGCAUGGCUUUGUACGUUUUAAAGUUAGUAAGACCGCUGAAUAAUAUUCCAAAGUGUUCACGCUUACUGGCGACAUAUAACUGCACUUUAAAAACAAAUACGUCAAAAAUUUUACAGAAGUUUUUAAAAUUAACUUUGUUGCCCACCGGCAGUUUUUAUAAUCCAUGCAGAACAUUUUCAGACACACGCAAGUUAAUAGCUGAAGAUAAUAAAGAAAGCAAUGAAGAACAGAAGAAACGAGAUGCUUCGUGGAGGACGAUGAAAUACAGUUUUAUAGCAUUUGGAGCAUCUUUUGGCAUACUUGGAGUUUACAUGUUUGUAGAACUAGGUGGGCCACAAAAAGAUGAAAAUGGUCAAGUGAUAGUUGAUGAAUUCUCUGACAUGCCAUUGGUUAAGCAGUAUUUCUGUAGAAUGUUCAGUCAACUAGACUACUUCAAGCGGGCAAUUAGGGAGCCAUCUAACAAGAAACUUUUGCCUGACCCUUUGAAGUUUCCAUACAUUCAGCCUCGAUACACUUUGGUUCUGGAACUGCGAGAUGUGCUCGUUCAUCCGGACUGGACGUAUAAGACCGGCUGGCGAUUUAAGAAGAGGCCAGGAGUUGACAAAUUUCUGGAGGCAGUGGGAAUGCCAAAAUUUGAAACAGUUAUCUAUACUGCAGAGCAAGGCAUGACAGUAUUUCCCAUCUUGGAUGCCUUGGAUCCGAACGGACACAUAAUGUAUCGCCUGGUGAGGGAUGCAACGCAUUUUGUGAAUGGCCAUCACGUCAAGGAUCUGGACUGCCUCAACAGAGAUCUGAGCAAGGUUAUUGUGAUUGACUGGGAUAAGAAUGCAGUAAUGUUCCACCCCACGAAUGCCCUGAUAAUCAAGAGAUGGAUGGGAAAUGAUGAUGAUCACACACUCGCUGAUCUCGCAGCAUUCCUGACAACAAUAGCAUCAGAGAAUGUUGAGGAUGUCCGUGUUGUGCUGGAAUACUACCAACAGUUUGAUGACCCAUUGGCAGCAUUUAGAGAAAAUCAGCGUAAAGUACUGGAGCAGAUGCAGCAAGAGCAAAAGGAAAAGGAGCAAGCCAAGUCACAAAUACUGACCAAAGGAUGGACUCCAAGCUUUUUACACAAAUGAAGCUGAAAACAGUUAUCUCAUAUGUAACUAACAGUUAUCAUUUACAAGGAGAGAUUGACUGCCAUUUUCACGGAAAAAAAUUGCGGCAUAAGUUACGUUAUCUUCAGUGUCUUAUGUUUGACAUUAUCAGUUCUGUAUUACCUGCAUAGCCUACCAGAAGUGCAACUGUACAAGAGAUUUCCAUUUUUAGGAAAUGUGUAAUAUAUCACGUUUAAGUUUCUUUCAUGAAAUUCUGGUUCUCAGUUUCACUUUGAAGAAUCAUUAUGAAAUGUAAGUUACAUACAAGUUAAUAUUUACAUUAACUAGUGAUAAUUUAUGCCAUUGUAAGAAAUAAUUCUGUGUUUGGUUGUUAUAAUGCUGCUUAUAUUAGCAUUGUUUUAAUACAGAAAAAUUAAGAGUCUACUUCAAACUGUGAUUAUUUAAAGUUAAAAGUUGUUAUUGUCUAAAAAGACCAGCAUUAAAGUGAAAAUUUACUUGUGAUGUGAAGAGAUGGAUUUUUAUUCUUAGUUUGCUCUAGAAGUCUGACUGCGAACCAAGUUCUGAUACUUGACACUUGUGUAAACAGGUUAUUUACUGUGUAAGUAGUGGAACAAACUUUUUUUUUUUUGCCGUUUUCAUUGGCUGUAUCAAAUUAAGUUUUCUAUCAAAUUUCUGUUACAUUUCUGUUUUGUAGAAAAAUAUACUUUGUUGUUAAUUGUAA